GCCGUCUAGUGCUAAGACACACGGGCGCGCUCGUUAGAGCGCUGCCAGUCCUUCUCCUUCUAUUCUACUUUGCCCAAACUGUGAUGUGUCACUAUAGGUGGCGUGCCUAACGCGGUCAUUGAUAAGGUAUAAGGCAUGAAAUUAGAACAUGAGAAAGUGGGGCAUAUGGUGAGGUUAGAUCUGGGGAUGCGGGUGCGUCGCUGUUGGCGACCGGUUCGAGGUUUUGGUGGUGGAGAUCAUGGCAAUCAACGUGUCCGUGUCAGCCCUCUCCCCGUGGUUCGUCUGUGUGUGUGUCGAUGAAGUUUUCCAGUUGGGGUGUGCCUGGUGUAUGUCGUGGAUGAUCGAUGACCGGUUGGUGACGUGCUCUGAAGUUGUGCAUUCUCGCCACCAUUAUUAGGAUACAGACUAAGACAGUUCAUUCAUUCCACCAUGUCAUCGAAGCAUCAUUCUGGUAAGCGUCGUAGCCACACUCCCCACUCCUACGGGCAUUCAUCGACAUCCACGGCUCCUUACAAUCGUCUUAUUCCGCACCCUGGCAAUGGUCCUACCACUAUUACAUUAACCGUCGACCCAGCAGUUAUCGCUACAUGGCGAAGACGCUUGGAGCUUGCGAAGCAGCAGGGCGAUCAGCGUCAAAUUCAGCGGUUCGAGCAGAACAUCCAGUAUGCCGAACAUCCUCAGGAAAGGAUACUCAAUUAUAUCGGAAUGCCCUACACUCCUGGUGUUCACGGCCCUGCUCGAAGAAUUGCUUUGGAUCUUGACGGAUUCGACUUGGACUUUGUCUAUUGGGACUCACAGUUGAUGGGAGAGAAAGUGGUUUUUAGCUGCACAGUCAUGCCGCACGAUCUGCCACCCACUGCUACCUACGACUGGCGGGAGCAUAACGUGAAGGUCUUUGCGAUUCACUUCUUGGAUCGUGAAGAAGAGGUUACAAGUGAUUACCUGAUGACUGCCAUGGCGGGACAACGGAUGCUUGUCAAGGUCCCAAUGCGCGAUUCAACUACGAAUUACGUGUCUCGACUUGUCAUAUUGCAGCCUGCAGUGGCUUCCUUAUCUGAGCCUAGAAUUGCCCGGUAUUAA